AUGCGGGGCCGCAUCGUUGGGAUGAGCAUCAUGCUGCUUCUCGCUACGGCGCUCACCGCCUCGGGGGCGGCGGACGCGGCGGCGCAGAAAGCUGUGCGGAUGCGCACCAAGCGACAGCUAACACAGAUCCUCUCUGACCUCGCAAUUGAGGUGCCUGAAGGCGCAGACAUAUACGCGCUGCAGAUGCUCUUCCCAAUGCUCGACAAGAACAACGACGGCAAGCUGUCGCAGCAGGAAAUGUCAGAGAUGGGCAAGAUGGCCGGCGGUGGCUACGGUCCGCGAGAAUUCGCGCACAUCGACAAGAACCGCGACGGGUUUGUAGACCGGCCCGAGGCGGACAAGUUCUUUGCACAAAUGGCUGCAAUGAUGAAGCAAAACAUGCGAGGGAAAGAUGAGGUCUGA